CCUCCCACCUACAUAACAAGCUUGUUUGUGUUCAUAUUGUUGAGCCCCGCUGCACAAUGAACAGGACACACAUAACGCAAUCGUAAUUCACGGCGAAUUGAAUUCGGAAUCUAGCAUGAGGGAACUAUUCAGCCCGCGAUCAGUAUGACAAAAUUCAUCGGCGAUCGACCAGCAAUGUCUGAGGAAGCUGUGCUUUCAAACUUUCCACCUCUCAAAAUCAUGGAUGUAUUAUAGUAAGAAGGGCUUUUAAUAGUACUCGAGUCGAGUAAGCGAGGUGCAAUGGCGUCUGUUAUGGAUGACCCCACCCUUGCGAGACACUUCAGGGGACAUACAGAUGCUGUCACAUGUGCAGACUUCAGCCCCACGGGCAAACAACUAGCCACUGGGUCGGUGGAUACGAGCCUGAUAGUGUGGAACCUGGCGCCCAAGGCCCACGCCGUGCGCUUCCGGGGCCACCAGGAGGCGCUCACGGACCUCCAGUUCUCCCCAACAGGAGACCUGGUGGCCACCUCCUCCGAAGACACAACUGUCAGACUGUGGACGCCGUGCAUCGAAGGGGAGUCCGAGGUGUUCAGAGCGCACGCGGCGGCCGUGCGCAGCGUUAGCUUCUCGUGCGACGGCCAGUGUCUGGUGACGGCCUCCGACGACCACGAGGUCAAGGUGUGGAGUCUCUCGUGCCGCCGCCUCCUCUAUUCCCUCCAGCGGCACAGCGACGUCGUCCGCUGCGCCAGGUUCUCUCCAGACGGUCGUCUCAUUGCAUCCUGUGGGGACGAUGGUGCGGUGAUGUUAUGGGACGCGUCCAGCGGACAGUGUGUCAGCUGCUUCACGGACUGUGGCGGUUCAGUCCUGUUUGUGGACUUUAACUCAAGCGGUACGUGUUUAGCAGCGUCCGGACAGGACAGCUCCCUGAGAAUCUGGGACCUCAGGACUAGCAAGCUCACUCACCUCUACCAAGUUCACAGUGCGGUGGUCAAUUGCUUUUCCUUCCACCCAUCCAACAACUACCUUAUCAGCGGCUCCAGCGACAGCACGGUCAAAAUAGCCGACCUGCUGGAGGGCCAAGUCAUGUACACCCUCCAUGGACACAAGGGUCCUGUGCUCACGUCAGUCUUCUCGCGGUCCGGGGAGGAGUUUGUAUCUGGAGGAGUGGACGGCCAGGUGUUGGUGUGGAGGACCAACCUGGACAGCAGGCUCUACCGGGACGUCCUGCGCGGGCACAGCCGCAGGUGCACGGCGGACCUCUCUCCCCGCCUGGCACACCUCCAUCCCACCGUGGCACACCUCCGCCAGCCCCAGGCCGCCCCCAUCGAGAUUGGUCCCACGCUAGUGGACACUGUCUCUCAUGACCGCCACAUUGUAGAUCAGACCUUCUACACCCACACGGAUUGGGCAGCAAGCUGAAGCUGCAAGCUGGGGGGCGGGGCCUGGCGUGCCCCAGAUCCAAUGGUGCUUUAGUUACAACCGCCAAUACCAUUCACAACAAUUUACGACCAACUGCCAUCGAUACCUCGAUACCCAACUCCUGUGUACCGUGUGCUGUGAAUGGGGACAGACCUCUCUCUAGUGAGGGUCGAGAACUUGCUGGCACCUGUAUAUGGAGUGAGUCUGAUACCCAUAGCUGUAAGGUUAUGGGUUUCAAUACAAUAUAUAUUUUUAUGGAGAGCACUUUAUCAGUAUUACAUUGAAUACUUUUUUAUGCCUGAAUAUGUUUUGUAAAAAUAACAGGAUUAACCUGACUAGGCUUUGUCGCUCAAAUAAGUUAUUAUCAAAUGAAUUGGUGCAUUUUAAGUCGAGCAUCUGUGUACUGGCGAGGUAAGGCUCAUGUAAAGAGAUCAGGUGUGUGGUGCGCGCUGCUAAAAACACCAAAAUAACAGCUGUGAAGGAGAUUGAGUUGCUCCUCCGUUCGCUUCAUGGUAGACCUCUGAAUGAACGCACACAUCCUAGUCCUUCCUGUUGUCAUGUGUCUGCUGAAGUUGAAUUAUGCCUGGAUGGAGUUAUUUCCCCCUCAACGGAUUUUACCAAGAAACGCUGGCACGGUGUCCAUGUAAUGUGUUUUCUGAUAAUAAUGAUGAUGAUGAUGAUGAUGAUAAUGAUGUCCUCCUGACCUUAUCCAAUCACAGAAGCGUUCAAACCCGCCAUUUCAUUGCAUAAUCGAGACGCACGGUUGAAAGGACUACAUGUGCUUCAUUCCCGUGAAGUUAAACUGCCCUCUCUCUCUCUCUCUCUAGAAUAUUAUAUGAUGGGAACUGUGUGCAUGUCUGUCUUUCUCACUCUCUCUCACCAUCUCCUUCACUGCGUUGGCUUGUCCUUGCAUGGUUUCUGCUGCCAGUUCCUUCGUCGGUGCGGUGAGUGAGAACAACAGAGACACUUGCCUGCGCUGUGCUUCUCGGGGGGAAAAAAUACACAAACCGCUUGCGGCGGAACUACACACACGCACACGCGCGCAACUAUUUGUGUACAUGCACAAGCACAUCCUGCCAGCAACACAUAGCUGCAAACACUGUCAUUGGUGUAGAGAACACCAUCUCCAGGCGGUCUUACCACACCACGGCUAUCCUCCUGUCACUUUGAGUCACCCUCUCCUUCUCCUCUCCUCUGCCUGGCUGGUCUGCCAGAGGAACUCAGGGUUUGCAUUUUCUGCUAAUCAUGUUGUCGCGUCUCAUCUUCCCUUUGUGGUUGAAUUUAAAUGUCUUGUACUUGGAAGUCUGUGUUGCUAUUUUUUUGGGCGAUAAGCGCUCUAUAAAUAAAGUUGGUUUGAACACUG